CGGGUUGCAGGGUCGGAGAGCCGAGUGCUGAGACCCCUCUGCAGGUCUAGGGGUCUGUCCCAGCCGGAUGCCCCAGCCAUGGGCAGAGCUCUGUCGCCACUGCAGGAUGCAAGGGAAAGGGCGCUCCUUGCUCAGGGCCCUCCAUGGAUACCCAGAGGUCCUGCCACGCUGAGGGUCCUGAUCCUCGCCCUGCUCUGGAGGGGGUCCCUGUCCCAGCCACCUGGAUUUACCCUGAUGGUGCCGCGGUCGGUGUCUGUGCAGGAGAGUCUCUGCGUUCUCGUCCCCUGCACGUUCACGUACCCAGCCUCGUACGACACCGACAAUCCCUCAGCUGAGCUAUACGGACACUGGUACAAGGAGCCUGCUACUGGGGGCCAGGAUCCUCCCAUGGCCAGCAGUCGCACCAGCCUGAAUCUGUCGCAGGAGACCCAGGGCCGGUUCCAGCUGACGGGGGAUCCAUCGCACGGCGACUGCUCCCUGCAAAUCAGUGAUACAAGACGGACGGAUGUGGGGAGAUAUUUCUUUUACAUCGAGAAAGGCCUGUCUGAACACACUUACCGCUCCAAUUCCGAUGGCUCUGACCCUCCGCUCACAAUCUCCGUGCCAGGGCUGACGGAGGAGCCAGAGAUCCAGAUCUCGCCGGCGCGGGGGCUGCCAAAGACGCUGGUGGCCGGGGAGCCGGUGACUGUGACCUGCACGGCCCCUGGGCGCUGCUCCGGGCCCCCUCCCCGAGUCACCUGGACGGGGCCGUUCAGCGACACAGCCCGGGACGUCUCAGCCCAGCUGGAGAACGGCACCUGGGCCCACAGCUCCGCGCUCAGCUUCACGCCCGGCCCGGGGGACCACGGCAAAGAGCUCGUCUGCAGCGUCACCUACAGGCCACAGGGACCUUCCACCAACAGAACCGUCCAGCUCCACGUCGGCUACCCGCCCGGGCCCCCCAACAUCACCGGGACCCUGACCAGGAACGGACGCCCCGGUGAGAGGCCGCGCUGCGAGCCCCGGGAAUCAGCGAGCGCCUCCUAGUCACGCUCU